AGACAGCAAAUAAUGCGAAGAUUGUAAUUUACAAUAUAAAUGGGUUAACUUCCUGUCGAUUGAACCUACCAAUCGGAACGAGAAUUUCUAUUGUUCGAACAAGAAAUCGUAUGAGUCAAUUCCUAUUAUAUGAACUACCUCCAUUAGAUUCAUAUAAAUGUAAUUCUACUGUACUCUUAAAUUUCCGAAAUCGACAAAUAGCAGUUGAUCAGUAUAAUCAAUUAAUACGACUCAACCAUAGCCUAUUUCAAAUCGAUAGAAACGAUUACGCUCUCUCGACAAAUCUCUGCAUAGAAGGAUAAGUCGACGCGUAUUAAUCCUUCAAGUCGAAGCAAAUGCAAAUCAAAGCUUAUGAUCGGGAUACUAUAUGUGUCAAACGUACAUGUACCAUUUCCAUGGAUUGGUCCAUCAUACGAUGCCUGAAAUAGCCUAACGGUACUGUACUAACCGGUUAUAAACCGGUUAUAAUUCAAACGAAAACGAAACGAGCAAAAACAAGAUCGGCAUCCUUUGGUCGAUACCGAGGAACCACUCGUUAGUACGUUCGACAUUGAGGAAAAAGCGUUGUAUAUUUUUCAAGAUGCGGGCAACGAUAAUCCCGCUAUACAAGACAAACCAACCGUUUAACCGGGACCAGUAACGUUUCGACAGCCGAGAGAAAAGUCAUGAAGCUGCAAAACUUCCUCAAAUAUAUUUUUUGUGGUUUGCUGUUGGUGCUCACUUCGAGGUUCAUUCACUGCAAUAAAUUUAACUCAUCCGACAUAGGAGAUGACGAACUGCGGCAAACACGAGGUGUUCUGGACUACCUGCUUGGGAGAUUUAAAACAUGCGGCAAUUGUCUUUGCGGAAGACCAAAUCGAUUUGUUGAGGCACGAUUCCUUGGCGGGGAGUACACGAAGGCUCAUGAAUUUCCCUGGCUUGCAAAUAUUCACGUGAAAUCAAAAUUACUUCUCAGCGGAGUUCUAAUAAACGAUCGUUAUGUUUUAUCCUCUGCCAGCCAACUCAUUGGUGUAACCACGCCGGAAGUAAAAAUAUCUUUUGGAGAACACGAUCGAUGUAACUUGGAUGUAUCAUCGACCACAGUUAGCGUUGAAUCUUUGGUUCUAUAUCCGGAGUAUAACGUAGAAUCACAUGCUCAUAACUUGGCACUGAUGAAAUUAAGUCAGCCAAUUAAAUUCGAGAGAAGAAUCUCUCCCAUUUGUUUGCCAAACCCAGGUUCGACUUAUCUGGGACAAGUUGGAACUUUGGUUGGGUGGAUAGUGAGCACAGAGGAAGAUACGAACAACAAUCAGACUUGUCGACCGCGAAAAUUGGGUCUUCCAAUUUUGGGACGCGACGAGUGUAUUAGUUCUGGCAUAAAUCCUACAAAUUUUCACAACGAUUCCGGCUGUGCUGGAAUAUUAGGUGGAAGCUCUAUUGUAUGCGAGAAUGAUGUAGGUUCUUCAGUGCAAUAUCGUUCAUAUGCUGGAGUAUAUGAUCUAGUCGGUAUAAUUUCGGAUGUAAAUAAAUGUGGUAGCACCCCUGCCAUUUCGAUAUUUACAAGAGUUGGUCCACAUCUAAAUUGGAUAUUACAGCAAACCAAAGAUGCGUGCUAUUGUUCAAAAUAAUAGACCAUAGUUAUUGAACUACGAUUAUCUCUCUCUUGUAAAUAUAAUUCUACUGUAUGGUAUUCUAAACUUUUAGAAAGAAUAUGUAGAUCCAUUAGUAAAUAAACUUCUAAAUAAGAAAA